UAAGAUACCAACAUUUGCUACGAAGCUCGGAGUUAGGAACAUGGCAUUCCUUGGCUCCGGACUUCUUCUCCUAAAUUAUGUGAAUGCCAUUGUUGCUGGAAUUAUGUUGCCUCAGGUUUUCAAUCUGAGUAUUAUGUUGCCCUGUCAUGCGAUAUUGGCAUUGUCUGUAAUGUUCCAGACCUGGGUGUUGGACCAAUCAAAUUUCACCAAGGAGGCAUGCCAAAGAUUCUAUCAAUUCAUUUGGAUUCUUCAUUAUUCCGAAUACAUUGUAUUUCCUUUCAUAUAAGCAAGCCAAAUUUUGCAAUUUAAUCCUGGUGAAUAUUUUCAAUGUCGUUAUAAUUAAGUGGUAUUGUUAAGGAAGAUUCUCGGUCAUCCUAUAAUUGCCUCAUGAUUUUAAACAUAUUACUUUUGUUAAUUUGUUUCCUUGCUUGUGCAUACAUGACUGGAUCGAGGUCAUAUUUUAGUGUUUGGUUUG